AUUGCUGUGGAAUGCAGGCCAGGGAAAAGAAGAAACUGAAUUUACGAUUUCAUUCGAACUUUUGUACGGAACCAUGUAAGAGGUGUCUCCGCGUCGUUGUCGUCGUCGGGCUUGAUGAGGCUCCUCCUAAGGUUAUUGGAAAGUGUCUAUUGUCGGGGGUGUCCUUUUUAUUACUUGCGGAAUGAGUCGAUAAUGUGAUUUGUGUAUUUUUGUUUGCUGGAACGAUUCGGAAUUGCACCAGCUUGUGUAAAUUUGCGUAAAGUGCACCAGAACAACGAUCGAUGUUUUUCUUCGCAGUGUGAAAGUGUCCGGUUGUGGGUUUUUGCUAGUUGGCAGGUUACCAGAAAGUGUAUGUUUUUACGACUGACUGACUCUAAGUUGAGUUGGAUGUAAAAGUUUUGUGAAUAUUCAUGCUGUUUAUUGUUUUAUAUUGAAAACUAAUCAAUCAUUACUGAAAUUGGAGAUUGCAUUGAAAAAACCCCAUAAAAGUGUAAAAACGGAUGAGAUAUUUACAAAUUUGAAAUUUUCCGAACAUCAAAUGGAAGUAAAGUUUCGCGUGAGUUCAGUUUUAUGCAAUCUGUUCGCGGUUGCCUAGAGUGUGGAGCAGAGAAUGCAACCUACGGUGCAGUGAUCUUCCAUACAACCGCAUAUGAUCGGGCCGGGUUAGCUAGUGGUCUUGGUUGGAUGAUUCCUGUCCUACAGCAGCGUAAAAGUGAACAAAAUGUGCUUCGUAUGCUGGUACCGUCCCGUGAAGACGAUGAAGAUUCAAAUAACAAAACUGUAGACCCUGUAGACCUCGAGCUGAACUUGCGCUGUGGGCAUCUCAUGUCUCUCCGAUCGCGUCUGUUCAGUGAGUAACUUCAACGCUGGAAAUGUCGAUUUCUGAUGCAAACAUAACACGUAUGCGAAGAGACAAGUGAUCAGGACUUAUACAGGACAAAAGUAAGCAUCGAUGUUGUGGAAAAUCGUCACUCAUUAUUGUGCGUCACUAUUAUGAUCGUCUAUGAGCAAUGAGAAUUCUACCAUAUCUGUAUGCAAUGUGAUGAAGUGGAGUGUGUGUGUGUAGAAAAUUGCACUGUUAAUGUUCAAUAAAUAACCUACAACAACAACAGAAGAAAAAAAACGACGAAACAACGAAAGCAAAAGUUUUGCAAUAUAAUGUGAUAUGAAUAUAAAGUGUGUUUAAUCGAACAAAACGCAAUGCGGUUACGUUUCGAUAGUCCUUUACGAAACAACGAACAACCAUGUUUAGUGCGUCCAGCAGCGUACAGACUGUGCCAUUUACUAGCUACAUCAAUGGCAAUUGCGGUCGAAGCAGCAGUAACUGCAUUAGCACCAAGCACCAGGAUUCUUCUGUGCCAAUGAAGCCGGCCAGCGCGAGUUCGAGUGGUGUUCCGCAUCAGAGCCCACCAGUAGUAAAAGAAGUUGGCAGCGCUAGUGGCGGUGGCGGAAACGGAGCCAGCAUGAAAUGGAACAGUUCCACCAGCUCUUCCAGCCUUAGCAGUGCGAGCGAUCGUAAAAGCUUAUCGCCGGCUGACGUUGACGUGAAGAUGACGAACGGAACGUUCGACACCACAAACGACGAUAGCUGUUCUGUGACGACGGAGUUCCGCAACGCCGAGGGCAGCUCCGAUGGUGACGAUCGAAGUGUUGUUGUCAGAGGAAAAACUUCACCGAUGGGAAUGACUACUGCCACGGGAAACCAACCGAAGGCGGCAACAAACGGUGGAGGAAGCAAGAAACGCCGUUCUGCUUCCACCCUGGAAGGAGUUAUUAGCACUAAGCACCACCUGAAACUAGUCAGCAAGGAGUUGGAGUGGGAGCGCAAGCUUCGUGAUGACCAGCUUUCGAGGCUACUGAAAGCGUUGAUCUAUUUCGAGGCGCGGAUCCAGAGUGAACAGAAACUUAUCCGACAGCAGUUGCAUGAAAAGGAUGACGUGAUCAGUCGGCAGAAUUGUACGAUCAACCGGAUGAAGCGUAAACUGGGUGAAGAUGUCGAGUCGGAUAUCGAGCUGCCCGAGGUCGCCCAGUAUUGUCUCAAGUGCCGCCGCAGUUACUACGGAAUGGAGUACCGGAGUAGUGGGACACAGACAGGCGACUACAGGGAUGAUGGCGGGGAGAGUGUAAAUACUGAGAUACUCUCGCUGAACAGUGUAGAGUAUGCCUCGUCGAGCGAGGAGCAGGACUCGUCGCUGUACGUACGUGCCAAUUCGUUUAAGGAUGCCCGACGGAGUCGCAAGUACACCAGCAAACGGUCGUACCAAAGCUAUCAGCGGCCAUCGAGACAAAGCAGCUUCAAGAGUACCACCAGUAGCAGUAUUAAUGGCGGCUGCAUCCCGUCGGGGCUCAGCAAUGGUUGCGGUUUGAACGGGGGCGGCGAGAACAGCAACGAAACUUACGAAAACAUCGAACCAAAUAAGAAUGUGCCUAAAAUUGUGAUUUACGAGAACUACGAGAGCGAUAAGGAGAAUCAUGACGAAUACAAGGGACAAGAUGCAAAUAAUUACGACGUUGUGGAGCCAUCUUACUCGAAUCGGAUAGAUUCGAUGCAUGGAAUCAAGUCUGCAAGUGUAAGAAACGAAGAAGAGGUUCGAGCGCCGAAAAUGGGCGUCCACCGUGAGACUGAUGAAGAGAGUGUCCUUUACGAGGAGCACCAGAGUGCAAAGAAUGCCAGCAAUCAGCAGAAGUAUACGGAAGGUAUGGAGAUGAAACAAACUAUCGAAACCAGCGAUGAUUGGUAUGCGAGUGCCAGCGAUAUGGAAGAUUCGGAUUCGGCGCUCGGGAAACCGUAUAGCAAUGCGGCUGUUAAUCCAGUCUUAGAGUGUGUUAACCAAAUACUUCUUCAACAAUCGAUGGACGGUUUUGGAGAGAACAAGGAACCACCAACCGCCAACGACGAAGAGUUGUACAUAAAGGCUCAGGAACCACCGAAGGAGCCCACUCAAGCACGUUCGAAGAGGGUGCACUUUUCCACACAAAACAGUAUGGUUCAAGUGCCACGCAUCAUUCCAGAACCAACGCCAGUUAAUCGGAAAGAUGACAAAUCUUCGCCAACAUAUGAAAUUCAAAGCAUCUACAGUAAUGAGUACGAACCGAUUGGUUCGGAGCAGAACUCAUACUCCAACUACUACGUAGAUAUGGAGUCGAAGCUUGGUUCGGAAGAUCGAGAGCGGGAAAUCGCUGCAGCUGAAAAACGCAAAAUUCCUCCGGCCUUACCACCAAAACCGGCGAAUCUUCUCAAGCUGCAGCAGAUAUCGAAACAACGAAUGGUUCAAAUCAAGUCGAAAAGUUCCUCCGGUAAUAGCGAUAUUGCCGAAUCAGAGCCAGAUUACUGUUCGAUCAGUGAAAUUCAGGAUUCUGUCAAAUGUGUACAAAUUAUAGCGGAAAUCCAUAAAGAAUCAUGCGAAGAUGAUUAUUCUGUCGUCGAGGAAGAGCAGGAGGAAACCGAGAGUAAGAAAAGUACUGAUCCGGAGGAAUCAUUUGCCGAUGUACCGAAGCUGCCAAAUGUUGCAGAGAUUGUUCCUCCAAAAAAGGACACAUUGACUAAAUUUAUCAGCCAGGAUAACUACAUUACUAAGUCGCACAAUGGAACUCCCAAACAAGGCACACCUACCAAAAAGGAUGGUGAAUUUAGAGAGCAACUGUCAGAAAUCAUAGCAGAAAUAAAUAAGCAAUCACCAGCGAUCAGGAACGCUUCCAAGAAGCAUGUUCCUGUGAAAGAGGUGGGUUUCCGAAGUACUAGCAAUAUUCCAACCCUAGCGCUGCCAUCGAAGCUCAAACCAGUAGACAAAAUGAGUUUCCUCAGCAAAAUAAACUCUGGGUCUACCACAAACAUUAACACUAGUGCAAAACUAAAUGGUUCACUACCAAGACCUGCCAGGCAGCUGGCGUUCAAAACCAGCCCGUCAGUUAGAUCUCUAUGCACCACCUUAAACUCAACUGGCAAUGCGAUUCCGACAAGCCCCACCAAACCCGUUUCAUUUACAUCGAGCUUAAAGUCUCCAACGACGCCAAGUUCCCAAAACAAUAACACACCGAAAAAUUCUCCAUCAAAGAAACCGUCACCCCUGAUCAUAACCGAAGACAGCAAGCUGCCAAUACAGGCUGAAUUUGAUUGGUACAAUCUGGACGCAGAGUACGGGAAACCAAACCAACCGGAUGUUAUAGUGGAGACGGAUCCAACCACCGUUCCAGAGCAGGAGGAGAAACAACCGACUGACGAUCGCUCAACAAAUGGACACAGUUCGGAAGCGAGUGGAAGUGAUUUGGAAAAUGUUGAAUACAAUCUGGAUGAGGCCUACAAAACGAUCGCCCCGAUCGUUCCGCCACCGGAUAUUAUUCAGAAAAACCCUAUGACUCCGCGGAAUGGGAAAAUCCCGUACAAUAGUAUUUCUUUUAAGGAAUUGAUGACACUGAACGAGACGCCCAAGAUCGAAAAAAGCAAACCGACGGUCACGGAAGCGGUGAACGGGAAUUAUGAACACUUCUUGGACGAUUCUGGUCUUUGCUCAAAACCGAUCAUUUUACCGCGCAAAAAGAGGGUUUACUAUUCGGGGCCGUUUGUUUAGGAAACCCGCGAUUCCAACCUGUAUAUAACUGUAUACAAAAGUUGAAACUUCUCAAUUUCGUCUUAAAGUGCACAACUUGGAUUCAUAGCAGAAGCGCUCUGCUCACCUUUGGUUUGAUGGUUGGUUUAUGCCAGAUCUUUUCCUGCCAUUUUAUAGGUAAAACUAUUUGAAUUAAAGCAGAGUUUACUUAAGCGUGAAGAUACGUAAAAAAUGGGAUUUGAGACGUUGUGAAAUACGAUCACACUAAAUUAGCAAAUUCCCAGAUGUGAAAUCACACUUUUAUAGUAGGAAACAAAGCAUCUUCACAGGCUGUUUUUGGAGCCUAAAAAUAUUCUCUACCUCUUAAGUGUGUAUUUACUGCAGCAGCUUCUUGAUAGUCGCUUUUCACUUAACAAGGUUUUAUUCUUGUGUUUCCCUCGGAAUUUUUUACAUUGUUGCUUGGACUAGUCGCAAAUGAUACUUUUUCACAUUUUUGUCUUUGCAUGGCAACACAAAGAAAAAUUGCAUAAUAUUUUGAGACAAUAUUCUGCUCAAUCAAUAAUCCUAAAUUCUUAAUUGCAAUGAAAAGUUAAUUUGCAUUUAAACCCCUCAAAACAUCGACUCCUAUCCUAUCAACUUAUCGAAUGAUUACAACUUAUUUAACAUUACAUUUCCCUGAAUUCUGCACUUAUAAUUCUACGAAUCGUCUAAGGUAGAGUUACCUGUAAACAAUGAAACAACGAGGUCAUCCUAAUUUAGAUGUACAUUUAGAUGUAGCAGUCUGUGUAGCAGUUACUAUGAUUGUAUUGGCGAAACAAGCACUGCAAAUGAUAUAAUAUUCAACGACAAAACAAGUAUAAAAUAAGCUGUAAAGAUGUUCAAUUUAUAGGUUUGUAGAAAGAAAGCAUUGAAAUUGUUAGUAUCAAUCUAUGGAACACAAAAAUAAACGAUUAU